UAUAGACUUUUGAAGGUUUUUCAAAGAAUAUCAGGAGAAAGAUAAGCAAAUAUGAAAAAAUUCAGAGUUUUUGAAGUUCAAUUGGUUUCUUAUCUGUAGUAAGCAUCUUGUACAGUUUAAAGUUUUGUUUGAUUGAAAAAAUACUGAUGGUUUGUUGUACAAAUAAUAGGCAAGAAAUUGUGGGACGGAGAUGAGAUUUUUUCUCACUCCAAAAUUUCUGCCGCCUGCGCGGCGCGUCACAUUUUUUAAAUAAAGUUGAACAGUCUGCUUUUCUAGUUCCUAAAAACAUUACCUAAAAUGAGCCAAUCUUGGUGUUUCAGAGUAGUUGAAAUCUGAAAAGAAGUACAAAGAAGAUUAAUCGACUCAUCCUCCUUUUUGCAUCUUUAGAGAUCAUUCGCUCGGUUAUAUCGAACAAAUUAUAUUCGCAUAAGAUAUAAAAAAUAUUAAUAAGGAACCAGGUCUCUUUGGAUAAAGCUCCAAAACUGACGCUGCAGGUACUAUAAUUUCCUAAUAUUUUCACAUGACCGAAGAGGUGCUAUCAGUGUAAGAUAUAAGUUGCAUUAAAUAGAUGAAGGAAAAUCUGGAAUUUUAAAAUAAGUCUCAAACGUGUGGUGCUGACGAGUAAAUUACUCUCAACUCUGUGUAUAGUGAUCAACAAUUAUAAAAAAUUUAAAUCGGCUGAUCUUGUGCUGCGCCAGGAGUGAAAACCGUAUCCCACCUGGAGUAGGAGGGAAUAAUUUUGACAUGAGGACUAUCGCUAUAGAUUCUGGUGUCUCAUCAGCCACGCUCCUAUUCGCCGUAUGUGCCAUUUACCGGGGUCAUGCUAAUCCCUCAGACACGUCAGACACUGCCCCAACGUUGCAAGAGACAAAAACAACACGAAACGGUGACAUUUGCAAGCCAAGAGAAGAGCUCACUGCCGACCUUCUCCGACAUAAAAUCAUUCCCGACUUCAUCAAUGAUGCCCCGUCUAUUGUUUGCACGGUCGAGUGGGUAGAAAGGCACUCCGCUGACCUUGGGAAUCUGAUUCCAAAUGAUGUGGCUGAUUUCCAUCCAUAUUGGGUAUACUACGGAGGCAAUGAAACAGAAUGGCAUACCUUAAUCGUAGCAGGUCUUGAUGAGCCAUCUUACAAAGAGCCAAUCCUUCGUGAGUAUUUACAUUGGUUGGUUGUCAAUGUACCAGGAAAUAACUAUCAUAAGGGACAGGAACUUGCUUUUUACAAGGGACCAGAACCAGCUAAAGACACAGGCAUACAUCGGCAUGGCAUUGUUGUUUACAAGCAACCUGAGAAGUUGACGUUCACAGAAAAACGCAUUAAAUCUCCUAUUAAAUUGGAAGGAAUUUUAUUUGUGGACAUGCCGCAAAAACCUUGGAUAGGCCGUCAUGACGGGUCGCUAUAUCUGGCUUUAUAUAUUUUUAUCUCAGCACCACUGUUUGUUAGUAAUGAUGAAGUAGCUGUUACGGAUCAUCCCUUGAAUUACUCACCUAAAAAAAUUAAAGCCGCUCUAGAAGAACAUAAAAUAAUCCCGGAUGCACUGGACAUCGCACCUGAAAAAGGAAUCCUGGUAGAAUGGAUUCACGGAGCUAAAGCGGUCUAUGGAAAUAUAUUAAACUCAUUGGACGUUCUAACAAGACCCCAUUGGGUUAAGUGGGAGUUUAGUUUUACUGAGACACUACACUACACUUUCAUGUUAUUUGGUUUAGACGAACCAACCAAAGAAAAUCAUACUUUACGAGAGUGGCAAUUUUGGCUCGUGGGAAAUAUACCUGAAUAUAGCAUUAGAUUUGGUGACGUAAUGACGUAUUACUUACCUCCAAAACCACCGAAAGGCUCAGGUAUUCACCGAUAUGUGGUGCUUCUAUACCUUCAACCAAAUGGAUCUAAGAUCGAAUUUGAGGAGAAGAAAAAUCCUAUUUUCGACAUUCGUGAUGAUAAGGCUCGAGGAAAGUGGUCGCACAAGAAGUUUGCUGCGAAGUACAAACUAGGAGACCCUAUCGCAUGCAAUUUUUUUCGAGUACGAUGGGUGAAAAGUCUAGAAGACAAUGACACCCAUGUAGUGUAGAAGAAAUGAGGAAACUUUAGAAAACAAUUAUUUCGUAAAAUUGGACAGGCCCACUCAUCGAAUGCAUCCACGACAAGGAUGAAAAACAAAAGGAGGAACAUUUUAAUUGACAGCUCGUGUGCCUUUCGAGAGAUUUCCACGUCAAUAUAAUCUCAGUUCACAGAUUAUGUGAUUAUGGAGACAUGUGAGCUCUUCCCUCUGAAAAUAUAUGUAUAUCAUGUUUGAAUGCCGUGGGUCAGGCUGGCCUUUUGAUGGCGCGUUUGUCUGUGUAGGUACGUGCACAAUCUAGCUUUCAGUAUCUGUAAAUACAUUUUUAUAAAGUUAA